UUUUUGAUGCUUAUUCUACCAAUUAUCGAGAGUAAAUCAAUAAAAGAGGCUGUGGGUUUCUCUUGUCCCUUUCUUCCUAUGCUCACCAACUCUGUUCUUUUACCAGCCCAUGGCUGUGGCAGCCCCGUCUACGUGCCAAACAUUUCGCGUGUCGUUGGGGGUGAAGAUGCCAGGCCCCACAGCUGGCCUUGGCAGGUCUCCCUCCAGUAUGACAAGAAAGGGGUUUGGGCCCACACUUGCGGCGGGACCCUCAUUGACGCCAGCUGGGUCUUGACGGCGGCCCACUGCAUCAGCUCCAGGCGAACUUACCGGGUCCUGCUCGGGAAACAGAACCUGAAGGAGGAGGAGGCCUGCCAGGUGGCUGUUGCAGUGGAAAAGGCAAUUGUGCAUGAGAAGUGGAAUUCCCUGCUCAUUAUGUGAGUCUAUCCGAGGGCUGGCAACGACAUUGCCCUGCUGAAGCUUGCGCAGCCGGUUCAGUUCAGUGAGGCUGUCCAGAGCUCCUGCCUCCCGGAACCCGACUCGCUGCUGCCCCAAGACUUCCCCUGUUACAUCACCGGAUGGGGACGUCUCUGGACCAACGGCCCCAUCGCGGACACGCUCCAGCAGGCCCUGCUGCCCGUGGUGGACCACGCGACCUGCACCCAGAAAGACUGGUGGGGCUCCAUGGUGAAGUCCAGCAUGCUCUGCGCAGGGGGAGACGGCGUGGUUUCGGGGUGCAACGGUGAUUCCGGUGGGCCCCUGAACUGCCGCGGUGACAACACGUGGCAGGUGCACGGCAUUGUCAGCUUCGGUUCCGCCCUGGGCUGCAAUACCGCCAAGAAGCCCACCGUCUUUACCCGUGUCUCUGCUUACAUCCCCUGGAUCACCGAGAAAAUGCAGCAGAACUGAGGACCUGGCUGUGCCAAAUUGCGAACUGAUACGAAAAAAGCACAAUAAACGUUUUCUCAC